AUGUCAGGGACCCUGGGUGGAAAGAAGUGGACAGUGAAGGCAGAGAGGGUCAUCAAUGAGGAGGAAAAAAGGCAAAGGGGUGUCCCAACAUCAUUUACAAAACAAUUUGGGAAGACCUGCCGGCAUUUUCCUGGCCUACAGCCUUGGAUGAGCGAAACUGACGAGUUCCUGUUCCUGGAUGGUGUGCUGCAGAAACCAGCAGUGAAUGUGAAGAAAAUGGAGAAUUUGAAGAUAAAGAAGGAGAAGAAGCAGAAGCAAAAGCUCACGGAAAAGUGGAAACACACAGACAAGACAGAUGCCAAGGAUCUAGCCUUGCUGCGGCAGUGCCUGGGACCUGGCUGUGUGUAUCCCACCCGGCCAGGCUCCAAGUACUGCUCGGACGACUGUGGCAUGAAACUGGCAGCUGACCGCAUCUAUGAGAUUCUGCCCAAGCGCAUCCAGCAGUGGCAUAAGAGCCCCUGCAUUGCUGAGGAGCACAGCAAAAAAAUGCUUGAGCGCAUCCACCGUGAGCAGCAAGAUGCUCACAUCCGCCUGAAGGACAUGGAGUGCCAUUUCCAUGAACUUGAGGCCAUAAUUCUGCGUGGCAAGCAGCAGGCUGUGUGCAAGGAUGAGGAGACCAACAAAAGUAACAGGAACAACGUAAACCUGCAGAUCUUCUGUGUCUCCUGCGGGCAGUCAGUCAGUGUGCGUGUUGCCCUGCGCCACAUGGAACACUGUUUUGCCAAGUAUGAGUGCAAGUCUUCCUUCGGGUCCAUGUACCCCACUUGCAUUGAAGGGGCCACAAGGCUCUUCUGUGAUGUUUACAACCCAAAGAGUAAGAGGUACUGUAAACGGCUCCAGGUGCUGUGCCCUGAGCACUCAAGGGAUACCAAGAUACCAGACGAUGAGGUGUGCGGUUGCCCACUAGUGCACAAUGUCUUUGAGGUCACUGGUAAUUUCUGUUGUCUUCCCAAACGCUUAUGCAACCUCCACUACUGCUGGGAGAAGCUGAGGCGUGCUGAGGUGGACCUAGAGCGCCUUCGUGCGUUGCACAAGCUGGAAGAGCUAGUUGAGCAGGAGCACAAGGUGCGCACGGCUAUGACGAACCGGGCAGGGCUGCUGGCCCUGAUGCUUCACCAGACAAUCCAGCAUGACCCACUCACCACCGACCUGCGCUCCAAAGUAGACAGCUGA